AUGUCCUUGCUUCACCUCCCAACAGAGCUACUAACCGACAUUUUUGGACAUCUUUGGGAUGAUCACCAAGCGCUUAGCGCUUGUGCCCUCGCAUGUCGUCGCCUACAGCCUGUAUGUCAAAAAGCCCUCUUCUUCCAGAUCACCUGGGACAUGGCAGCACACCGGGCAGAGCCGUGCUUCGACCCCAUCCCCCGACUCUACGAGAUGCCUUUCACGGAGUCGCCGCGCCUCGCAUCGUAUGUGGUCCGCCUCGACAUCAAGAUCGUAUGCGCGCCAUAUUACUCGCCUGAGCCAUUUGUGUCUUUGAUGGCUUGGGCGGCUGCACUUCAAAACUUGACGUGUCUACGUGACUUGCGUAUACUCGGAUCUCCAAGGGCACAGAUAUCUUGGAAAAGGUUGCUCGACGAAUUGCAAAUCUUGAUUAUGAAAGUAAUUCGAGAACAACCCCUUACAAGGGUCUGCCUCACAUACAUCACAGAUAUGCCAACGGCGCCUUUUCUCGACUCAUCUAUUCGCCAGCUUUCCCUCUCAUCUGUAUCAUGGAACGACGCACAGGCUUCUGAAACUGCCCCCGUCAAGGCGCCAACCCUUCAGUCAUUCAAUAUCACACUUCAAGUUACCAAAAAUUCACUCUCCACAAUCGACCACCUUGUGUGUGACAAUCCACCCUUCGACCUGAGCGAGCUUCAGUCCCUACGUAUCUCAGUCAGAUUCAACAUCCUAAGCGAGGUUCACCUCAUAAAAAUCCGGAGACUGUUGAGCCAGGUUGCGGGGACACUCAAAUAUCUAUGGAUCCACUGCAACUUGGAAGCCGACUUUCCCAACUUUGAAUCACAACGUUAUCCCAUGUUACGAACUGUCAGUAGACGGUUCACCAUUUGGUUUAACAGCGACGGCUUUAUCGAACCAGACCCACUUCCCUUCCUUUUGAAAAUGAUACCAAACGCAGGAUCAUACCCCACCAGUCUCGAAUUUCAUUUGAUUCUCCAGCUCGUCGUUUUCAUGCAUCAUCCGCGCUGCUCACUUGACGGGCUAGGAGCGUGGACCCAGCUAGCUCAGGCGUUGGCGCCGAUGUCCUGUCGAUUAACGAUAUCGAUUUGGUCGCAUUACGAAUCCCACAUUCCGGAGCUUGUGUCUUUGCUUGAAGGUCAAUUUUCGGAGAUGCACGCUCAGCGUCGUUUGUUGGUGGUGAACAUGGGUUUCUGCUGCAGUUAA